AUGGAACUUGGUCUGAUCCUGAUGUUUGCAUCAGCUUUCGUAAGUGCAAAAGACAGGGAGUUGGAGGAGUUCGUUGAGAAGGACAUCAAGGUCUUUUUUUCGUCGUAUCCGGCACAGGUCCUCGGAAUGGAGGAGGAUCAAGGAGUCCUGGUGUCCCACAGUAAGUAUGUGAAUCCAAGCAAAUACAAGUUUGUCACAAGGGCAAGGCUGGUGAAGUCUGGAGAAAGGUAUGUCGUGAUAUUUGGAGAAAACAAUAUCUGCAAAGAGGGGAACUCGGUGGUGAAGUGCAAGGAGGAAAGGCCCUGGGACAUAGACAGGAAGGAGUUUGGAUACACGAUUUCGACUGACAACAAGUGUAUCACCAAGGGCCCUGACGAGUCGAUUGAGAUGAAGCCAUGUGUCAAUACUGAUGAUCAGAUAUUCGGUUUCAAGCUUGCGGAUCUUGGAGGUUGUGGGAGCGUGGAGUCUCUGCUGGGAAGUGAAAAGCCAAAGAGCACAACAACCAAUGUGAACAUAUUCCAGCCGGAGAGUGAAUGCCUGCCAUCGGUCAUGAUAAAGGCAGAUGGGGAUGUGGAGAAGAUUGAAGAGAAUGAUGUCCAUGUUCUGCAUAAGGAAGGCGCCCACACCCAUGUGAUUGAGGAGGCUGGGCAUCCGCUGUACGAAGAGAGUGCACCCAGCAAAAGGAGGGUAGUUGUCAGCCAUCGAACGAAAAGAAGCCAUCUUCCUGGAACAAGGAGAACUUAUCUGGGGCACCACCACUUUCCCCACCACCACCUGCCCCACCACUACAGAAACAGGACCCUUUUCGAAAGAAAGCCUGUUGUUUUUUAG